AUGGCAACUGUCGGGCAAGUGUCUAAUGAGAGGUGGUACUUGGCUCGAAAGUACAGAUUAGCGGCAAAUAAGUUUGGUCUGAUAAUUUCUGCUUGUAAAAGAAACAGAUACCCAGAGAGCCUUUUCGAAACCCUUUUUGGAUCUUACAAUUUGGAUGGCAUAAAAUCUAUUCAAUGGGGAAGACAUCACGAAAAGGACGGAUUGAAUUAUUUGAAGGAAAACCAUCAGCUUGAAGUGAAACCAACUGGCAUAUGGUUGACAUGUUCAGGACUUUUGGGGGCAAGUCCUGAUGGCUUAGUUGGAGACGAUGCCAUUGUCGAGGAAGUUGAUGACAACUAUGCAACUUGCAAUUUAUGUACGACGAAAUUAUCGUAUAAAACAAGCACAACAAAUUUAAAGAGGCACCUGCAAAUCAAGCAUCCUACAGUGUCUUUGAGUCAUGGAUCUUCUACGACAAAUAGACAUGAAGUGACUGAAGAAACGGUCGAGCGCGAGCCAUCUACAAACAGUGAUAACGAUAACAAUAAUACUACUGCUAUUUCAGUUCUAUCAACAAGUCAAGGUCAAAAUGCAAAUACUACUAGCUCUAAUCCAUGA